UUAUCGAGCGUGAGCGCGCUCGCUCGCGCCGUUCUCGUGUUUGUGUUGUGCGUGUUAGAAAAUGUUGUGUGGUUCCCGUGAAGUCGUAUUGGUGAUGCUGCUUGCCGUACACAACUUUUAUCUGUGAAUAUCUGAAGAUGGGGUCCAUUGUGAUCGUGUUGUGCUUUCUGUCUUUCUUGCACGAAGGAGAAUUAAAAGAUGAACGACUGAAAGUAGCAAAUGAAAUUGCUAUUGAUGUAUCCAGUGGUUUGAAAACGUACCACGUGAGGACUUCAUUUCCCGGACGAUCAGUGACCCCUUUUCACGCGCACAGCAUACCAUCGGAUGCCAGCUUCUUGCUCUUCCAAGCGCACGCUCAAAAUGUGCCAGUGACUAUUUCGUACAGUGCUGACACACCGCCCGACAAAACAGAGAGUGAUACAGGAACCAACACAGGAUUGGUUGUUGUGCUCAAAGCAUGGGAUACAGACGCCACAACCUUUAUCCACAACCCAAGUGUCGACAAUGUCACAUUGCUUCUCGUGGUCUCUCUGCAUGGCUCUAAAGACCCGGUGCCUGGCGGCUGCAACAUGGAGUUCCCUGUAGAAGUGUCACCCUUCCUUCGACUUGUGCUGAAGUCCACAGAACUGGCCGUGGAGUUUCAGCAUGCCAGCAGCGGAGUACCACGCGAGGCCCAAACUUCCAAGUGUAGUCGGAGCCUUCCGCUCUUUCGGUACGAUUUGUAUGUCUACUACCUCGACCAAUGGGAUCUGUCAGAAGACCACUACCUGACAGCUGUCUCCAAGAUGCUGGACCCCUCUUCAGUGAAAAGCAAUGCACAUCUGGUGAAAGCCUACCGUGAAAACCCGAAGACUAGAGCACUGUUUCUGACUUACCCCGGCGAAGGCGCAGUGUAUUCGGUGCUCGUGGAGCAGGUGACCUGGGACGGCCAAAUUCAUGAGGCUGCCUAUGUGCCCAUUGCCACUUAUGGUUGCCUGUGGUACACGCAGUCUGAAACGUGUCGACGGCUCGAGAGCGCCUGGGGUCUGGUGGUUGCAUUGCUGUUGAGCAUUGCUGGCCUCAUCAUCUGCUUCAGAGGUCAUCGAUUCUUUUCAUUUCAGAUGUUCUUCUUUGGCUUCCUUGCAUUUUCGCUAAUAAGCUUCAUGGUAUUUAUUGCCAUAACGAGGGCAUCUGCACGUGAUGGACUACUGGCAGCUUUGCUCGGAGGGGCGCUCGGCGGAUUGCUGUGGAUGGCCAUCUGGUGGUUAUUUGCCAUCCCUGUGCUUUCAAUAUCGCUGUCAGGAUUGUUCCUUGGCUUUCUUGUCGCUGCUGUCCUUCUCUUUACGCCUCUAGGCGAAGUGGCGUUUCUUCAGAGCAGCCUGAGUUAUUGGGUCUUCGUCAGCUGUAUUAUGCUGCUGCCGACUGUGCUGCUGCUUCCACAGGCCAGGCUGCUGAGUGUGCUGUCUUGCUGCUUAGUCGGGGGCUACUGCACUAUCCUGGCAGCAGAUCAGUACUUGGGCACAUCGCUCUCCUACGUGGUGCUGAAUGUCGUGCGGCGAUCCUUGGUUCCAGGUGGUUACCAGGCCAGCAAUACUGUUCCCUUCCAGCUAAAUGACUUGCUGCUGUCCUUGACGUGGGCAGCGCUCUUUGUGCUGGGCACGGUGCUGCAGCUGUGGUCCGAGCGUGGCCGGGCACCCUUCCCCCAGUCACCGUACCACAAGUGGAUACGAGAUCGCAGCUCUGCAGGACAGCCCUUGUUGGCGACAACGCCGCAGGUUCCUCCGCCCGCAUAUGGCAGCAUAGGCAGCACUGCACCCCCCUACGAUCCACCGCCUAGCUACGGGACGUUCUGAUUCAGUGGUGACGGUCUCGUAGGCCUCAUCGCCUCAAUUGUCUAACCCCUGUACCUCUAAAACGUUCCUCCACUCGACAACCCACCUCAAACCAUGGAAAGUGGAGGGCGGCACUGGGACGUCCCUUGACUGAAGUUCUCGCUGCCCUUCAACGAUGCUCCUCGUUGAUUUUGUAUCCAGGCACUCCCAACCUCAACUUGAAGACACUGGAGUUGUGGAGAUGUGUUUCCGAAACGAUUUCUUGCCAUAAAAAUUACUGAGCAACACUGUUGAAGCGCAGUGGGUACUCCAGUUGUACACAGUCAAGGAAUAGCUUCAAGUCGAUUCUCCCGUAGUUCUUGAAUAUGGGAUUUAGCCUCUCUGGUGGAGUGCUUCGUGAGGACAGCCUACAGAAUGUGACCGAGUGACAGAACAUCUGGUUGUUACCUAUGUGUCUAUAUGGUUGUAUUCUAUAUUGCACUAGUCAGAAUUGUCGCAAGUGAUAGUAUGUUUGUAAACAAAUGGGUUUUGAAUGAGUGUAGCAAAAUGUUUAUAACUCUUGUCAUAGAUAACUGCACCUUGCCCUCUUUUCUGCUAGGAGGUGCCACCUUUUCUAAUCUAGCUUGACAAAAAGCAGUUGGCUCGUGAUGUCAUGUGAAAAUUAACUUGCCUGAUAACAGCAGGAAUAGGACUCUAUGAUGACUUUGUAUUUGUAGAUAGUUAAUAUACUUUGUUAUUUGUUGAUUCUGAUGACGUGAUACUCUUUCAUUCUUGCCUCUUUGGCCACAGUUCUUUUAAAUUCAUGUACACUUGUUAUAGUUUUAAUACCAAGUUAAGGUGCGUGGGGGGACGGGUUUACAAGGUUUACAAAUAUUUUUGAACAAGCACCAUAGCAGGCAUUGUAGCUGAAGCUGUGCAGUGUACUGCAUAUGUCUGAGAUAAGCUUUAUAUAAAGCAACAGGAGCAACCAUCACAAACUGGACGUUCACCAUUUUCUUUUAUUCUUUUUCUUGUCUUUACCGAAACUCUUUGGGAUGAGCUAUAUUAAAAGUAUGCCUCUUGACAUUUCUAAA